CAAGUACUGGCAACACUGUCCAGACAACAUGUCGGCCGCUGUUGUAAACAACGUCGGUGUUAAGGCUGAGGAGAAACACCACAGUGAGGAGGAAGAUGUAAACGACGUGGUCGAUCUUGUUAACGGAACUGCACCAGAAGCUGCAAAGAAGAAGAAGAAGAAGAAAAAAAAGAAGAAGGCUGCUGGUGGUGUGAGCUCAGUGAAUGUCCCGGAUGGCGAUGAUGCCGCAGAUGUCAACGGUGUGGUGGACUGUUUGGCAAAGACGAACUUGGAGGCUGCCGAUGAUGAUGAGGGUGGUGCUGAGGGAGGAGAUGAGGGAGGUAAUAAGAAGAAAAAGAAGAACAAGAAGAAGAAGAAGGGAGGAGGAGGAGGAGGACCAGCUGUACAACAGACAAAUCCUCCCACCAUCCCUGUCAUAGACCUUUACCCUGAUGGCAACUUUCCAAUUGGAGAAAUCUGCGAGUAUAAGGUGAAGCAGGAUAGCAGAACUGCAAUCAACCGAAUGACAUCCCCAGAAAAGAAGGCUCUCGAGACCUCAUAUGAGGACAUGUAUCGGGAAAUUCGAAUUGGUGCUGAGGUUCAUCGUACAACUCGCAAAUAUUUCCAAGAAAAUGUCAAGCCAGGAAUGACUAUGAUUGAAAUUUGCAACAUGAUUGAAGGAACCAAUCGUAAACUUAUUAAGGAGAAUGGUCUUGAAGCAGGCUUGGCAUUCCCUACAGGGUGCUCUAUCAACCAUUGUGCUGCACAUUACACUCCCAACGCUGGUGACACAACAGUUCUCUCAUAUGACGAUGUGUGCAAGAUUGACUACGGAGUUCACAUCAACGGUCGUGUCAUUGACUGUGCAUUCACUCUGACUUUUGACAACAAGUAUGACAAACUUGUUGAGGCUGUUCGUGCUGCUACCAACACUGGCAUCCGGGAAGCUGGCAUUGACGCCCGCCUUUGUGAUAUUGGGGAAGCUAUUCAAGAAACCAUGGAGAGUUAUGAAGUAGAACUGGGUGGCAAAACAUACCAAGUGAAAUGUAUUCGUAACCUUAAUGGGCAUUCUAUUGCUCCCUACAGGAUACAUGCUGGGAAGACCGUGCCAAUUGUGAAGGGGGGUGAGGCUGAGGUCAUGGAAGAGAAUGAGGUUUAUGCCAUUGAAACCUUUGGUUCUACUGGACGUGGUUAUGUUCACGAUGACAUGGACACCUCUCACUACAUGAAAAACUUUGAUGUUGGACACGUCCCACUCAGGUUGACGAAGUCUAAGCACCUGCUGAAUGUGAUUAACCAGAAUUUUGGCACACUGGCAUUCUGUCGCCGCUGGCUGGACCGUUUAGGAGAAAGCAAGUACCUGAUGGCCCUCAAAGAUCUCUGUGAUAAGGGGAUCGUGGACGCAUACCCUCCACUCUGUGAUGUGAAGGGCUGCUACACUGCGCAGUUUGAGCACACCAUCGUGCUGCGGCCCACCUGCAAAGAGGUGGUGACUCGUGGUGACGAUUACUAAUGCACUUCAUUAUUCAUUCUCUCGAUCAUCACACGAUUGAAAUUGGACUCUAGAACUCGUUUCAAAGAUAAAUUAUAUGAUUAAUUAAAGCUUUAUAAGAAUUACAAUCAGUCUAGAUACUGUAAUAUUAUACAGUGCUGUACCCAAAAUAGAUAAUAAGGGCUAUAAUACUUUUUUUUCUCUCAGAUAGCUUGUAUUAGAGUUCUGGCCUCCAGAGAGAUGAUAGAUGAUGGUUAUUAUUUGCUGCUGCAGUGAGCCAUGCUCAAGUCAUUGUUUAGUUUAAAAUUUAUAUUUGUCUGUAGAUAGGAUGCUUCUGAAGUGCAUAAUACUUAAGAUACAGUAUUAUGCUGUCACAACCGUAUUACCAUUAUGGCUUUGGGGAAUAUUUGAAUAUCCCUUUAUAGUAUUAUAUUAAUAAACAACUGAAGAGUGUUUAAUCAUAACUCGGAAAUGCUAGUAUACUUUUAACAUAUAUUAAAUUUGAUUUUAAUUGGGUUUAUUUACUUGAUUUUCCUUUUCAACAGCCUUGUGUUCACCAAAACAUUAGGUGAGACUGAAAUUAAAUAAAAAUGAAGUUUUGUGAUGGUGUUUGUAUUUGAGGCUUCAAUACCCCAGUUUAUCUCUGCAAGUUUGAGUGUUGGGAUACAUUGUGGCUGCCUCUUGGAAUUUUAUUAUAUCAAGCUCUUUGUAACUGCUCAAAAGCGGAAACUUUUUGUUUGUUUUUAAGGAGGUAGUGCCAGAUGGGUAACAUGCCAAAUAUGCUAAAAAGGGUUUGUUUGUCAGGAGGAAUGCUGAUAAUAAAAAAUUUUCAUUG